GCGGCUUCCCCGGCCCGCCCCGGUCCACGCGGGUUCCGCUGCGGCCGCCAUGGCGCGAGGAGACGCCCCGCGGGACAGCUACCACCUGGUCGGGAUCAGCUUCUUCAUCCUGGGGCUGGGCACCCUCCUUCCCUGGAACUUCUUCAUCACCGCCAUCCCGUACUUCCAGGGGCGGCUGGCGGGGGCCAACGGCACAGCCGGGGCCCUGAGCACCAACCACACGGGUCCCACAGACGCCUUCAACUUCAACAACUGGGUGACGCUGCUGUCACAGCUGCCCCUGCUACUCUUUACCCUCCUCAACUCCUUCCUGUACCAGUGCAUCCCAGAGGCCGUGCGGAUCCUGGGCAGCCUGCUGGCCAUGCUGCUGCUCUUCGCUCUCACGGCCGCGCUGGUCAAGGUAGACGUGAGCCCCGGGCCCUUCUUCUCCAUCACCAUGGCCUCCGUCUGGUUCAUCAACUCUUUCUGUGCAGUUCUGCAGGGCAGCCUCUUCGGGCAGCUGGGCACCAUGCCGUCCACGUACAACACCCUCUUCCUCAGCGGCCAGGGCCUGGCCGGGAUCUUUGCUGCCCUUGCCAUGCUCACGUCCAUGGCCACUCACUGUCCCACUGCAGGUGGUGUGGAUGACCAGACCUCUGCCCUGGGGUACUUCCUCACGCCCUGCGUGGGCAUCGUCCUGUCCAUUGCGUGCUACCUGAGCCUGCCGCACCUGGAGUUUGCCCGCUACUACCUGGCCAAGAAACCAUCGCAGGCCCCAACCCAAGAGCUGGAGACCAAAGCCGAGCUCCUCCAGUGUGACGAGAAGAACGGGGUUCCCAGCAGCCCCCAGAAGGCGGCCCUGACCCUGGAUGUUGACCCUGAGAAGGAGCUGGAGCUGGAGCCUGCGGAGCCCCGGGAGCCGGGAAAACCCUCGGUCUUCGUGGUCUUCCGGAAGAUCUGGCUGACGGCGCUGUGCCUUGUGUUGGUCUUCACAGUCACCCUGUCGGUGUUCCCCGCCAUCACUGCCAUGGUGACCAGCUCCACCAGCCCCGGGAAGUGGAGUCAGUUCUUCAACCCCAUCUGCUGCUUCCUCCUCUUCAAUGUCAUGGACUGGCUGGGGCGGAGCCUGACCUCCUACUUCCUAUGGCCCGUGGAGAACAGCCGGCUGCUGCCCCUGCUGGUCUGCCUGCGCUUCCUCUUCGUGCCGCUCUUCAUGCUGUGCCACGUGCCCGAGCGCUCCCGGCUGCCCGUCCUCUUCCCCCAGGACGCCUACUUCAUCACUUUCAUGCUCCUCUUCGCCGUCUCCAACGGCUACCUGGUGUCCCUCACCAUGUGCCUGGCACCCAGGCAGGUGCUGGCGCACGAGAGGGAGGUGGCCGGCGCCCUCAUGACCUUCUUCCUGGCCCUGGGACUCUCCUGCGGGGCCUCCCUCUCCUUCCUCUUCAAGGCCCUGCUCUGAAGCCCCCUGUGGAGCUGAGACCACCCAGCCCCUGGGGAACGACAAGCCGGGCUCAGGCCGUGCUGGGAGGGCCGGGAGCUGCUCA